AUGAGGUUCAAGAAGAGAAUCAGUCUGACGCAUUCGACUAGAAGUAGACGGGGCAAGCAACCUGCACAAAUUGUGGAGCCAGAACCAACCGCUAUGCCUGUUGAUGAGGCACGUUUUGAUCAGAACGAAUGGCAAUGGAUGGAAACUGUCGAGAAAGCCCUCAUCAAUUGGGACUUCGGCGGAGGUUCCGGUCGUGAAGCGACUUCAAUCGAAAUGGAACGAGAAGCACCAGAAGCUGACUCCGUCGUCCCGGAGCAAAAGAAAAAGGGGCGCAUCCGCCCAAUGUUUUCUGCAUUGAGACAGAAGCUCAGGCGAAAGCCCAAACCCUUGUUGAAUUUGGAGGAGGACCACGAGGUCCCUAGUACGACCCGGACCAUGGAGGAGGAUGCUAAGGAACAAAAUCAAAAGCAACCACUCUUGACGUAUGAACAAUGGGAAAAAUUCAUGGACACAGUUGCAUUCCCUGAAAAGUCGAAGCCUUUCGUGGCCAUUAAAGAUUUUGUUGCCGUCUCGAGGGAAAAGCGUGCGGCCAAGGCUAACAGCCGCAGUGUGUCGCCGAAUGAUGUGGUACAAGAAAACGAUACUGUAUCUGAUGGUGAAGACUCAAAAGAAGAUAAGAUGUCAUUGGCGCAAUACUUGGGCACCCAAUCAGUAGAUGAGGAAUCGGUUCAGCAAAUGAAGGAAACCGGUAUCACAUGGGAAGAGUUCAUGGACACGGUUGCCUUUCCCGAAAAGAUCUUGGGCCAAAAGUAUAACACUCUCUUAUCGUUCAUUGCAAAAAACAGAGUCCCUCCAAAUGAUAACAAAGAAAUCACAACGACAUCGACUUCACCAAGGGGGUCCUUUGUGAUCAAGGAUGAUAAGUAUGCUUUUGACGACGAAGAAGACGAUGAUAUCAGACUAUAUUCCAUGGUGAAGGACUUUCCAGGCGAAGAUCUUGGAAUCAGUCUUACAGUUCUCGAUGGUCAAACUGGGAUCUUCGUGUCCCAUGUAGCCCGUAGCAGCAAGGCAGCAGCUGCUGGACUAACACCUGGCAUGCAAAUUAUAUCGAUCAACCAGGACUCAUGCCCUACCGAUCUGGAAGAAGCCGAGUUUUUGCUUGAAAGUGUCGAGGACGGCGUGCAAAUCUUUGCACAGCCAGGUGUCACACCAGGCUUUGUGCUGCAAGGAAUGGAUGCUUUGGAAAUUGGAAAGUCCGCGCUCGCCAAUAUCUUCACUCACGUCGUUGGCCUUGAAAACGAUAUCAGUGACGAUGACUCUCAUAAAGGCGAAGGGGACUGGGGUGCUGGAAACGGUGUAGCAACCGUCCGAUCACAGUGGCGAAAUCAGGCUAUUGGAUCCAAGCCGGUCAACUUGAAACCCAAAUCAGGCCGAACAAAACAUUUCAGCAUCGUGAAGGAGAGCAAGUCGGAGGUUGUCGGAGUUGCCUUUGUGCAAACCCAAGAUUGGCCCGGAAUCUUUGUGAACCAAAUUUUGCCAUCCAGCAAGUUUUACGGAUGUGGGUUGAAGAAAGGCAUGCGAGUCGUAUCCAUCAAUGGUGAACCCUGUCCAAACAGAAUCGAUGCUCUCAUCCGAAAGAUUCAGUCCGUUACUGGAUCGCUGGAACUUUGUGUCGAGAUGGCAAGAGAUGUUGUGAAUAACACUCUAGAUUGUGACUCCUUCAUCACUACCACUAUUGUCAAGCGUGGAGGAGAAAAUCCUGGCAUGACGUUGCGAAGAGACAGAUUGAAAGGUGGAAUCUUUGUCAAGAGCAUUGAUCCUUACAGCGACUUUGUUGGAACCAACCUUCGACCCGGCCUUCGCAUCAUGAGCAUCAACGGCCAUUCAUGCCCCAAGGAUGUCAAAGACUGCAUGUGGGAAAUUCAACAAGUCGAUGGGAUUUUGGAUAUCAUUGCCGAAAACGUGCCAGAAACACACCUUCGGCUCGAUUAA